AUGACGACUGGGCCAACAAGCAUCUCAAUUGCUAAUGAUGCAACUUCGAAAAGGUCCUUCACUGCGAUUACGCUUUCUUCACCACCUUCACCAGACUUAAGUGGGAUAUCUAAUACAUACUGGGGAAUACAAUCAACCCAGCGCGCACGCGAAUCAUUGGCGCAGGCUCCAGUAGUCAAGCGUCGCGAUCUUUCUCGGCGGCGAAAAAUGCCAUCAGCAGCUGGUCCCCGAAUGUACGAGAAUCAUAUACCUUCGUUCAUGUCAGUAUAUGGUAUGGAUUCGAACAUAAUGGAUGGAUCAGCGUUAGGCGGCACUCGCACCAAACUACCGGCUAUUCCGUAUAACAAUCAACAAGCACAUAAGAAUUCAGAAGUCAAGAUCGACAGCAACUUGCUUCAAAUACAUUCCCAUCAGCAUCGCGAAAGCACUUCAACGCAAGCAUCAGAUUCGACAGACUCUUCACCCACAACGACAGUAUCUACAGUAGAUUCAUCUUCACUAUCAGACCCAUCACCAAGCUCGUCACCUGAAUCACCAACUACACUUGUCCCAUUAUCUUCAUUCACUGGAUCUUCUUUUGGGCUAGAUUCUUUCCAAAACUUAAAGAUGGGCGAAAUAGAUACAAGGCCGCCGCCAAUAACCGUUGAACGACCCAUGACUUCACCUUCGCCAAGAAAAAAGAAUCCCAAAAGUCUGGCUCUCAACCUCCGACCAAGCAUUGAUGAAUUCACGUCAGAACCACCUUCCCCUUCUUUCAUUAAGCCACCGCCAUUAAAGGCCAGAAAAAAGCCAAGCAUAUUAAGUUUAAAUACGGGAACAGCCAACAUGACUUUAGAACCUUUGGCACAACAAGGCAUGUCUUCAAUGCUGCAACGGAGAAGUCUGAAACAUUCUGUCUCGUCGCCGCAAAUGCUGUCAAUGACAACGCCAGGCUUUGGUCCUGGUGGGGGAAUGACUUUCGGUGAUCCGUCUAGAGGCUUUGGGGGAUUGAGAUUGAAGGAAUCUGGCCCUCCGAGGGAUACAUUCACUAUCAAUGAAGAUGAGGCACCCUCGCCAACAGGAGUUCAGAUGGCAACCCGAGCUCCAGGGAUGUGUAUCGGCGGUGAUUCGUUUGACAGACCACCUACUGGGGAGGAUUGCAAGUCUCCAUCAUAUCCUGACGGUCCGAUUCUUAUGCACGAACCAGGCAUACAUCUGUAUUCAGAGCCUAAUAUGGAGGAAGCUGCGGCGUUUGAUGUUGUGAUUAAUGUCGCGAGGGAAGUCAAAAAUCCGUUUGAGGCAAAGCUCGAGGAGAUGAAGAGGGAGAAAGAGGAGAUGCCAAAAAGACUUAAUUCUGCAGCUGUCGAAUCCAGAAAUAACCCUGUGGAUCCGUACGCCGAAAUUCCCGGUACAGCUGGAACCAUUUCCUCUUUUCAAACUGCUUACGAGACUCAACCGGCUGGUUCCGAAUCGAGAUCUGCGGAGUCCUCCCCAUCCACACCACGACCUAGCACCUCAGAAAUGAAGAUUCCCGAGUACAUCCAUCUUCCUUGGGACCAUAAUACAGAUGUGCAAGAUGAAUUGUGGGAUUUAUGCCAAACCAUAGAAUCGAGAUCUAAGGAGGGAAAGAAGGUUCUUGUGCAUUGUCAACAAGGUGCUAGCCGAUCAGCAACCUUAAUAAUUGCAUAUGGAAUGUAUAUCAACCAGGAUCUAUCAGCAAACGAAGCGUACAAUUUGGCACAAUCGAAGUCCCGUUGGGUCAAUCCUAAUAUGUCUCUUCUCUUCUCGUUAAAUGACUUCAAAAAGGUUAUCGAAAGAAAGAAGAUAGAGAAACAGACAGCGGAGAACAAGGACAUUGUUAUGAGGAAUAAAAGCCUGAAUAGGCACAGGCAAUCUCAAUCUGCCAAUGGUCUCGAUACCGCAUCGUCUCCUGGUCGUACCAGAGUAGACUCGUCUCCUGUUUCACAACCUAGAGAUCCAGCUAUCCGUGAGCCUGUUCUUAUGGAAACAGCCCCUGUCAAGAACUCUGAAGUCGAAGAAGAGACAACUCCUGACUGCAAUUCUGCAAUUGAUCGUCUAAGCCGUUUUAACUUUGGUUUUGGCGAUAUUCCACGAUUUGAACCUUUCACAAAGUUUGAAGAUAGUUCCAAAAUCGAGCGUCUACCAUCACAACAAGAUAAAUGGCAGCUCGAUAUGAUGUCCCCUCGGCUACAGGAUGAUGACACGCAACCUGACAUAAUGUCGCCACGAAUAACCAAGAUGACUCACAAUCCUCUCGAACACGCUUUCUCGCGUGGUAUUCCACAAGAAUCUUCCAAUGAAACACCCAGCCUUUUCUCUCCACGUGGGUUCGAUUUUCAGCGGACAGCAUUCUUUCCUCCGACCGUCGCCAUUCACCCAAACCUCCCACCCGCACAAGAUCCUAGAAGCCCACCUAUAACGGGAGAAGCGACUAUCACUCGAUCUAUCGACGAUUUUCUUUGA